AUGACGACUGACGAGCACUGCCAAUUCUGGUCAGGGUUCAUCGAUCUGUACCAUGAGAACGAGUGCCUGUGGUGUGUCAGAAGUCCGGACUAUGCCAACAGAACAAAGAGAAAUGGGGCACAUCAGCAGCUCAUCCUGUACAGUAGAGGCAGAUCCUCUGUUGCCCGAUGUGAGUCUGUGACUUGGGUGAAGAAGAAAAUAGCAAAUUUCCGAACAGUCUCUGUCAAGGAACACAAGAAGGUGCAGGAUUCACAGCGUUCCGGAGCCGGGACUGAUGAGGUCUAUAAGCCGACGCUGUGGUACUAUGACCAAUUUAAGUUCAUUAUGGAGCAAGAGCCACGGGUAAGGUCACGGGACCAUCUGGAUCCAGAGUCUCCAGUUCUUGUGGAAGAGGAGGCCCAGGAGAGUCUGGAUCUGGAACCUACCCCGGAGCUGGAGGAAAAGCCUACCACAGGCCAAGGGGCAGAAGUGGAGGAGCCGGUAAAGGAGCCGGUGGCACCCCUGCAGCCACGUCCAACAAGAACAAAACGCACGGCGAGGAGGACCACUUCUGCCCCCUAUACCCCCCCCCCCCCUCUGGCUCCCAGCAGUUUUUCCAAUGGGCCGAGGAGGUUCUGCAUAGGCCCCCGGAUGUGGAUCAACAAUUCUGCAAUUAUAUUCUAG